AUCUACACUCUUUCCCUACACGACGCUCUUCCGAUCUCAUAUGAUAAAAAAGGAGAAAAGAAACAUGAAGAAGAGCAUGAGGGUAUUGUUAGUGGAGUAACAUCAAUAAUUGGAUCAACAUUUAGUGGAUUCUUUGGAAAACAUGAUACUAAAUCAGUUGAAACCACAAAAACUGUAAUUUCCAAACAAACCAAUGAAGGCUCAUUUUGUAUUUCCGACACACUUUCUGAAAUUCUUGACAUUUCCUCGGAUACAAAAUCUCAAUCAUUCGAAUCUACCAUUCAAACAUAUGCUGUCAGCGAACGUCUCAAGAAAACUACUACACAUACCACCUGGUGGACAACUGCAAUAACCAUUAGUUAUCUUAAAUUGCAUGCUUCCUCUCAUGAAACAACUUGGAAAGUUCAAUAUGAAAAGGCCAGAAAAUAUUUAAGUGAACAGAUCAAAGACGUUGAACUUGAAGAAGAACUUUUGAAAACUUGUUCUAAAAUUGUUGAAGAAAAAACAACCAAAAAAGUUACCACUGAUACUAAAACCAUUGUCGUCGAACAUACUACCGCUGAGAAUAUUUUUAGUGGAGUGACCUCAACUAAAACUGUUUCUUAUAAACAAGAUGGGUACAUUAAUUCAGAAUUGAUUGUUGUCGGUGCAGCUUGUUAUGCAAAAUGUAAAUGUACAAAACAUUUUACACGAACCAAAGAAGCAUUUAGUAAAGAAAAGGCCAACGAAAUUAUUGCUCAAUAUGCAACUGAAGAAGUUGAAAGAUUACUUUCUUCUAAUCCUACUCGUGAUAAUAAGGAUGAUAUUAUCAAACAAUUGAUUGUUGUCGGUGCAGCUUGUUAUGCAAAAUGUAAAUGUACAAAACAUUUUACACGAACCAAAGAAGCAUUUAGUAAAGAAAAGGCCAACGAAAUUAUUGCUCAAUAUGCAACUGAAGAAGUUGAAAGAUUACUUUCUUCUAAUCCUACUCGUGAUAAUAAGGAUGAUAUUAUCAAACGUGCUAAACAGGCGGCUAGCUUUAUUAUUGAUGAAUAUAUUGUUAAGACUGGUGGAAAAGAAUGUUAA